GGCUGGGGCGGCGGGGGUUGUCCGGAGCACUCAGUUUCUGGGUCACUGGUCUUGGGGAAUUCCCCGAUGCCCAGAGAGCUGCUUACCUGGUGAGUAACUGCUGCUGGCUGCCCACACAGGAUGCCUGGCUGCGAGGGUACCUCCCUGCCACCCCCUGCCAAUGGCCACUGCCACGUUGCCCUCUCCUCUGAGUGCCCUGGGGCCCAGGAAAGAGACAGACAGACAAGCAGGGGGCUGUCCCCCGCCCCCACAACCACCCCCCUGGGCUCCGCAGGGGGCGGCUGGUGAUUCAAGCCCCUCUGAGCUGAGCUCUGUCUCCUUCCUUCUCAGAUGGGGCCUGGGGGUGAAUCAGCUCCUGGGGGCGGUGAGCCCGGGUCAGUUGCUGUCUUCAGCUCAGGCCUGGGGUGGGGAUGGUCGGGGGCCAGGAUGGGACAUAGGAAGAGAGAGCCCACAGCCCCCCAGUCUGUCGGAUCUUCUUGGGGCACCCCUGCAGCUGGAGGUUCAAGAGUGUUUUGCCUCCAUUAUCCAUCAGGAGAGAGUGACCAGGUCCCCCUCCUGCCCACUGUUCUCCCUUCAGCCCUGGAGUGCGCCCAAGUUUCCUCAUCUGUAAAAUGGAGAUAAGAAUCCCUGCUUUACAGGCAGGUAUUUAGGAGGAUCAGUGCUGAUGGGUAGAGGGCUUACAGGAUGCUCAGAACUGUGCCGGGUCUGGGCAAACCCACAGUGUAGGUGCCAUUAUCCCCAUAACAUAGAUGAGAAAACUGAGGCCAGGAUGUGGUCACUUUCUCAAAGUCACCUGCUGGCAGAGCCAAACCUCUAACCCAGCUCUGACUGAGGCUGAAGUCCAUGCUUCCAACAGGCAGACUUCAAACCUUCCCACGAGAGAUUUGGCACAGAUGGCUUUUGGAAAUGAAAAUGCUUUUAAAAAACACUUAGCAUCUGCUCUGAUGUAACCCUGAGCCAGGUGCUGUCAAGAGUACAAAUGAGGAUCAGACCCCAUCCAAGGCCUCAAAGAGCGAGGAAUGAGACUUGUUCCCACUUGAAAGGAGAGCAGGCAAGACUAGGCAGACUCAGCCAGGCUGGGCUGUGGGAGGCAGGGGAGGCUUCCUGGAAGAAGAGGCCUGAGUGCAGCUUGCCAUCCUCUGCCACCACCCUGGCAGUGUGAGGGACCGCUGGCAUCACUGGGGCCUUUGAGCCAGAGGCCAGGGGUCCAGACCCCACUCUAGUGUCAAUUCUCUGUGUGGCCCUGGGCAAGUGACUUCACCUCUCUGAGCCUCAGUUUCCCCAUCUGAAAAAUAAAACGCUGUGACGUUCUGAGAGAGGCUUGUGGAUGGUGAGCGAGAGAGAAUCAGCAGAAAAGGAGGCUGGAUGGACCCAAGCACCAGAGUGAGUCAGUCAGAGAGAGAGACCUGAGGGGCCCUGGGAAGGCCCCCAGCUGCCCUGGACUUGUUUCCCGGAGAGGGGAGAUGGGGAGAUGAGCAGAUGGAUGGCACAGCCACCUGGAGGAGCAACCCCAGCCCUGGCCUGACAGCUCCCUGUCCAGGCUGAGGGGGCCCCUAUGGGUCCUGACUGUCCCCCCUUGCUCUGAGGCCUGUCAAAUCCCCAGCAGGCCCAGUGUGCAGGAGCAGGACAGGCUGGAGAUGAAGUCACAGCUGGAAGGGGCCGGGCUGGGGCUGCCACUCCAGGGUGGGGCCUGGGGUCACGACCCCGGGAGCAGGCAGCCAAGAAGGGAGGAUGCCUUCCGUGAGGAAGCUAGGGAAAACACACACACACACAGCAGAGUAGAGAGGGAGGGAAGAAAACAAACUCCAGGAGACCAAAGCUGGCCUGGAGCGCGGCCUGGGCAGCCCAUUCCAGGGGACCGAGGCCACGUUGCAGGCGGCUCACGGGCCCGCGGCUCUGAGACCCUGCUCGGCCUUCCCCUAAGAGGCCCAGAACGGGUGGUGCCUGGACAUGGACAGGAGAGGGAGGCUGGGCCUGGGGUGCCGAGGGUCCCAGACCACUUGGGGAGCACGGACCAAGUCAGGCUCCAGUAUAUAAAUCAGGCAAAUUCCCCAUUUGAGCAUGAACCUCUGAAAACUGCCGGCAUCUAAGGUCUCCUCCAAGGCCCUCUGGAGUUCAGCCCAUAAUGAAGGUCUUGGCGGCAGGAGUUGUGCCCCUGCUGCUGGUUCUGCACUGGAAACACGGGGCAGGGAGCCCCCUUUCCAUCACUCCUGUCAAUGCCACCUGUGCCACACGUCACCCAUGUCACAGCAACCUCAUGAACCAGAUCAAGAACCAGCUGGCGCAGCUCAACAGCAGUGCCAACGCCCUCUUUAUUCUCUACUACACAGCCCAGGGGGAGCCAUUUCCCAACAACUUGGACAAGCUGUGUGGCCCCAACGUGACCAACUUCCCGCCCUUCCACGCCAACGGCACCGAGAAGGCCCGGCUGGUGGAGCUGUACCGCAUCAUCGCCUACCUUGGCGCCUCCCUGGGCAACAUCACGCGGGACCAAAGGAGCCUCAAUCCUGGUGCUGUGAACCUGCACUCCAAGCUGAACGCCACGGCGGACAGCAUGCGAGGCCUCCUCAGCAAUGUGCUCUGCCGCCUGUGCAACAAGUACCACGUGGCCCAUGUGGAUGUGGCCUACGGCCCCGACACCUCGGGCAAGGACGUCUUCCAGAAGAAGAAGCUGGGCUGUCAGCUCCUGGGGAAGUAUAAGCAGGUCAUCUCUGUGCUAGCCCGGGCCUUCUAGAUGGAAGGUCCCCUAGCACCCCGUGACCUGAGGUCUUAGACUUAGGUGACUCUCAAACUGUGGCCGGGGCCCAGAACAUCACCAGACCCAAGUGGGGGUUGCUGACAGACCCGGGAGGGAGGGGGGCAGUUCUUAGCUGUCUCCUCUCCUCAGGGGUGGGCUGUGAUGAAGCAGAACCCAAACUCCCGGAGGCAGAACCAACUAGAGAAGGCAUCCCUUGUUCUGGGAGACUGCAGCCAGGCAUUGGUGUUGGGCUGCCCCCUCCACCAUCACCACCUUGUUCCCUCAGUCAGAGUCUUCAUGAUCACAUCACCCAAGUCAUCUGCAGUGACCCUGACCAUGGGGUGAGACAGCAGGAGUUGGAGGCAUGUCCCAGCCCCCAGCAGAAGGACCACCUUCAGUGCCUUUGCUGCCCCUUAGGUAGACUUUGAAAGGUCUGGUUGGAACUCAGGCAGCGCAGAGGGGCUGGGAUCCUGAAAGAUCCUUGGCCCCUACAAGUAUGGUGAGUGAAAGGGUAGAAAGGGAGCUUGGUUUGAGAUGCUGCCUUACCUUGGGCGUGAUUGGAGAGUUCAGGCCUAGGACUGUCAGGUGGAAAGUUCCAGAAGGAGGUCACUGGCCUUCAGGCUCUUGGGGAGGCGGAGAGGCCACCUUUAGGCCCGGGAAGGAAGAGAAGCCCUGAAAGUCUUGGCGGGUUCUCCUUCCUUGAGCCUGCAGUCUUCCCUGCAGUCCAGGAUGGCCAGGGGCUGGACCUGGAGGUGGGGUGUGUGGAGGCGGGCGGGUUGUGCAAUCAAGUGAGGAGGGUCUGAGGGAACCCAGAGUCUUCCUUGUGGGCAGGGGUCUGUAGGGAGGGGCGGAUGAGGUAGUUCUGCAUGGUGGCUCACAUCUGAGGCCCAUGGAGGCCCCGUGAGGUCACAUACAGGUACUUGAGGGGCACCAGAGGCCAUCUCUAGUCACUGGAGCAAGGAGACAGCAGAAGUUGAGGUCGGGGUCUCAGGAAGCCUGACAUCCAGCAGUGCUAGUGUGUCUGACCCAGCAUGACUGUCUAUUUAUUUUGAUGCCCUAUUUAUAUUAACUUAUUGGUGCUUUAAAUAGCAAAGUUAAUUCUCCUUUUCCUGCUCCCUCUCCAACAAAAAUAAUAUGAUGGCUCCUUCUAUGGGAGCUGGGGUCAGCCUUACCAGGGCCUGGUCUGGAAGUCAAAGCAGGAUGUUACCAGUGGGAUAAGCCUUAGGGGUGAGGCUCAGAAAAGGGUCAGGAGCUGAGAGAACUGGUCAGUCCAGGUGGGGGCUGGGGAUCUGGCUCCAACCCCUAACUCAACUGUGACUUGCUCUGGGGCUAUCGGGAUCCCGGCUGCAAGGCAGGCAGGGCCGGUUUGUGGAGAGGCCAAGGGGCCUUUUCCUAGGGCCACUGUGUUGCUUGGCUCCAGGGGGCUCAUUCCAUCAUGUUCUCUGGUGCCCCCUGGAAUUGUGCUGUUAGAGGCAACAUUCACGGUGGAGGUGGCACCCCCGGAGCAGCGGGCAAGUCACCCCUUGUGGCCUGCCCUGCUGCUGCUUCCUUGUCCCCAUGCUGCCUCUAGAUUAGCCGUCCGGGGGCCCUGCGACAGUCCUGACCCAGCACCCAGCAUGCUCACACACAGCAGGGAUGCGCCUUCCCGGGUGGCCCAAACACCCACAGAGGGCAAGAGGGCCUGGCUGGACCUCAGGAAGCUGGGGCAGUGCAGGGAGGAGGCCACUGCUCUGGAGGGGAGGACGAGGAGGCCCUGGGCCGCGGACCAGGAAGCUGUGGUCCCUCCUGCCCCACCUCCCCCCACACUCCCACCCAUGUCUGGGCUCCCAGGCAGGGAACCCGAUCCUUUCCUUUGUGCUGGGGCCAGGCUAGUGGAGAAACGCCCUCCAGUCUGGGAGCAGGGGAGGAGGGCCCAGAGCUGGGGCAGCUGCUAAGAGCAGGGUUCUGGCUUCUUCUCAAACCCUGAACAGGCAGCGAUCCUAGCAGUUCAGCCAGCAUGAUUAUGGUACUUUGCACUCACUUUGCACCUCUCUGUCUCCUCUAAGCACUUUACCCAUCGGAUGGCAGGUGGGCAGGCAGCAGGCCGGGCCCGAGGCUUGGGCUCCUGGGCCGGAGGUGGGAGCUGUCUGUCCCAUUGGCAAGACGAUUUUGGGACGGGUGGCAGAGGAGACCAUGAUGGUGACAUGUUUUCUGACACUGUCUUAAUGUGGGGCACACUCAGCCUUGUCCAGGAUCUCAGCCUGCUGCACUCCAUCGCUCUGCUUUUUCAGUGAAUGCGGCUUGAAAGGCUUGGGGCUGGCCGGCCUCCCAUCAUCUCAUCACCCCAUGGACAUGGACCCCCUGCCCCCAUGCCAGGCCUACUCACCUGGGCAGCUUCUGAGGCUUGGGGACCAAGCACUUCUCCUCCCCUAGGCCCAGCACAGCCCUCGCCUCCCCAGCCCUGGCUCUGCUCCUCACUCCAUCCUCAGUGCUCUGUGUGGACCCAGUCUGGCUGAUGGGUACUCACGUUGCAUAGCAUCUCUGAAUUCUGGAGCUCUUGUUUGGAAAAAGUUUUGCAGGGCAGGAAGCUGUCCACUUCCUCCUUUAUUUCAUCUGCUGGUUUUGACCCCCACCUGCAUCCUGGGUCACAACCCCAGCCCGUGGAGGAGGGAGAGGCCGGCAGCAGAGGAGGGGGUAGGACAAUCAUUUGCAAUUUAUUGAAAGAGGAGUAGUGGGGACCUUAUUUAUUUAAAAACUUUCUAAAUGAGAAAGCACCACUAUUUAUUUGUCUCUCCUCCUCCUUGUUCUCCUCCCCUCUCUCUUUGUCCCUCCUUGGGGAUAUCUUCCCUGACAGAACUGGUCCAACUCUGCCUCACUGGCUCUCCAGAUGGACAUAGCGUGUGGGGCCAGAGGCCAGAACCAAGUGAGAAGUUGAUUUCCUUUCAGAUGGUACAGAUGUUCUUACUUCCAGUCACCUCCCUUGACCCCCACCCCGCCAGCCCCUCGCCCUCAUCCCAGUAUCUGGGCAUCCCUCCCAUCCGCACCGCUGCAUCCUCCCGUGUUUGCCUCCCUCCUUUCUACCGGAAAGGACUUGGCCUUGGGGGACAAAUUCCUCUUUGAUGAAUGUACCCUGUGGGAAUGUUUCAUACUGACAGGUUAUUUUUAUUUAUUCAAUGUCAUAUUUAAAAUAUUUAUUUUUUAUACUGAAGAUCACUUUUUUUAAUGAAGAAAGAGAAAUUAAUAAAGAACCUGAUCUUGACAAACUUUCCAGACU